AUGUCUCAAAUCUAUAGUAAAGAUAGUUUUGACCGCUUUGGCGACGAUUUGUGCGAAUUUAUAGUCAGUUUUCUGUCGAUUGGCCACAAAUUCAGGUUUCAAUGCGUUUGCAGACAAUGGCAGCGAUUGGUGUUCAACAGACAACUCGUGUUAGACAUCGACCGCACGUUUAAUGUCAAGUUUGCCACAGAAUUACCGCAACUGAAGACUAUUCUCAAGAAGUGUCGACACAUCCGAUCCUUCAAGAACUCGCACCUCGUGUUGAGUGACAGUCACAUGAAAUACAUGAUCAGGUAUUGCAGACAUCUCACAGACAUUCACGUGAUGUGUGCGGCCACUGAUGUCAGCCGUAAGACCAUUAAAAGAUUUUUCUACACAUUUGGUCCGCAAUUGAAUGCAAUUACCUGUGAAUUGCUGAACAAUACUAACGAUAAGUAUAAUGAAAAGGCGCUUAUAUUGUGUCAAAACGUGUCCACAAUUGGGAUCUAUUCACACCAUUAUCUGCCGUAUUUUCUUCGGCUAUUUUGUGUCCCAAAUAUGCGUUGGUUUUCAAACCUCAAGAGUCUGUCGAUGACAUAUCGCAAAGAAUACAUGAAUGGCUUUAAAGUGUUUGUCCAGAACUAUGCCAUCAAAUUGAGAUCAUUUGAGGUGAUAGUGGAUCCGACGUGCGAUAAGAUGUCGUUCAAUAUCUUAAUGCAUGGUUUGUCACAAAUGGUGGCAUUGAUUGAUGUGAAGAUUAUUUGCUAUAAUAUGAAGAAGUCUUUGACUCCAUUACUUCCGAACCAAUUGAGACAAAUUGGUAUCAAUUGUCGCAAACUGAAGAGCCUUUCCCUCAAUGUUAGGCUCAAUGUGUCGAAUGUCUACGAAAUGCUGUUUAAGACAAUUGGUCACCACUUCCGACACUUAAAGCGUUUGGAAAUAACCGAUCCAACGGUUGGUCUCAAUUUCAUGACAGGUGUGGUCACUGCUGUCGAUAGGGAACCGACUCAUACCACUCAGGGAUCACAAACUUAUUUCAAAGUACUUCUCAAUGCAGACCAUAAAUACGUGAAUCAUUCGGCAAAUAUAAGUGAUGGCUAUUCCGGGGGUCCAGUCGUCGAUAUGAACGGACACCUCAUCGGCAUUGCAUUGAAUGCUCCCCGAAGAAGUGACGGAACCUUCUUUGCCACCACUUCUGCUGAUAUCAAAGUCUUCCACAAACUUCGCUUCGGCAGCAUGAUAUCAAAGACAAAUGAAGUCCGGUUUAUGACAGACAGUGAACUCAAUCUGAAGGUGUUUGAAGCGAAGCCGUCGUUGAUAUCAAAGACAAAUGAAGUCCGGUUUAUGACAGACAGUGAACUCAAUCUGAUGUUAGAAAUGGCGCGAAAUAGCGCCGCCGAGAAGAUAGCGAUGCCUCCCGUGUUGUCUCCCAAAGACGAUACUCCAAGAGUUUUGGCCACAGAUUACGAACUCCAGGGAUAUAUCGACAGUAAAUUCCUUUUAGUGGACUCGAGUGCCGGCUAUUCUGAUCAGACGCGACUGAUUGUGGUUCGCGAACCCAAUGGUGUCUUAAGGGAAGCGAAUCGCGAAGAGAGGUAUCGAAUGAAUCAAAUGUUUUUCCCGAAAGAGGAGCGGCUUCUCGAAGAACCGAAAAUGUUUUGCGAACCAAACCUAACGAAUGUGUUGGAUCGACACGAAUACGAGUUUGUCUUAAACCGGGCGUGUCUUCAGUACGAACCAAAUGAUCCCAAAUAUAUAGACAUCUGUCAC